UGCAGGAUGCACGUUGUACACAUGUCUCGUGGUUUAUAUAUGUCAGCUUACAUUUAUGUAUAAAUUUCUUGUAUGAUAAAUUCCAAGGAGAGACAAUUCGUUUUUCAAGUUUGUGAUAUAGAUUAAUAAGAUGUCAUACGCAGAAGGAGAAUAUUUUCAGUGAAAAAGUUUCUUUAAUUAUAGACAUACGAGAGUAGUAUUGAGAAUAUGGGACCCACUUUGCAAAUUCAAAAUAGCCCAGUGUUUCUUGUAGCUUUAUCAUUUGCAUGCGAAGCCUUGAUAUCGUGUGCCAAACAAUUGAACAUAAUAGAUGAAGAAUGUGGCAGUGGAAAUUACGGCAGCACACUUGCACAGAGUGCAAGUGUCAUAAAAAUAGAAGUGAAGGAAAACAGAAUUUCAACAACAAGACCUUCCGUAGCUCUUACACAAAUAAGUAGAAUUAUCGAAAGAGAAUCGGAUGGUUUAGAAGGUGGAAUAUACUCAUUAUUUUUCGACGCUGCUGCCAAAAGAGGGGUAUUUCAGAGCUUCGAAAAGUUUCAAAAUGAUGAGCAAUUAACAGCUGAUAUGUGGUUGACUGCUUUAACAUCCGCGAACCAAGCGAUAUCCGAGGUCAGUGGAAUGUCGAUCGGCGAUCGAUCUAUGUUGGAUGCUCUAAUACCUGCGGAACUUAAAUUAAAAGAUGCGUUAGAUUUGGGUUUAAAUCCUGUCAGUGCAUUUGGGAAAGCCGUCGAAGCAGCUGAGACUUCUGCUAUGCAAACUCUGCACAUGCCAGAACAUCGUUUCGGUUUCACGAAUUACAAGACAUUCAAAUAUCCGGAUCCUGGAGCACAUGCUGUGGGUAUUUGGAUGAGAGCUGCUUACGAAGGUGUCAAACUGAAAUACGGUUGUUAAUAUGAUACAUAGGGAAGAAAUAAAACAUCUUGCUCUUA